AUGUCUGAUAUUGCUAUUACAAAAGAUGGGCCUGCCAUUGACUUUUCCAUGCACACAAUGGAGGAUGGCACUGUCGUCAGUACCAAAGAACGUAUUUACACAAAGGUAGAUCCACCUGCUUUUAAGAAACCUACAGACGAUGAAUUGUGGUCCAAGGAGCGUUCAGAAUUGCCUGAUUUAGCAUUCUUGAGAGAGCAUUUGCGUAGAGAAGGUCGUCUAACAGACAAACAAGCACUUCAGAUCUUGAAUCGCACAAAGAAUCUGUUGAGUAAAGAGCCCAACUUAUUGCGUAUUCCUGCUCCCAUUACUAUUUGUGGUGAUGUGCACGGACAGUAUUACGAUCUUCUCAAGUUACUGGAAGUAGGCGGUGAUCCUGCAGAUACUCGGUAUCUCUUUUUGGGUGAUUAUGUAGACAGAGGCUAUUUCUCAAUUGAAUGCGUGCUUUAUCUCUGGGCAUAUAAGCUAUGGUAUCCAGACACCUUUUUCUUGCUGCGCGGUAACCAUGAAUGCCGUCAUUUGACCGACUACUUCACAUUCAAAUUAGAAUGUCAAACAAAGUAUUCCGACGAGGUAUAUGAUGUUGUCAUGGAAUGCUUCGACAGCCUCCCUUUAGCUGCUGUCGUCAAUGAUCAGUUUUUAUGUGUUCACGGUGGUCUUUCGCCUGAACUAAAGACACUCAAAGACAUUGAAGAGAUUGACAGAUUCAGAGAAAUCCCGACUAGUGGAUUGAUGUGUGAUUUGCUUUGGUCUGAUCCAUAUGAAGAAUUUGAUUCUGAUAUAGGACCAAAAUUUGAGCAUAAUCAUAUCCGUGGAUGCUCAUACUUUUACAGUUACCGCGCCGCAUGCAGUUUCUUAGACAAGAACAAUUUACUAUCAGUCAUUCGUGCUCAUGAAGCACAAGCCAAUGGUUAUCGCAUGUAUCGCAAGAGCAAGACAACUGGAUUCCCAGCACUCAUGACCAUUUUCUCAGCACCCAACUAUAUCGAUGUAUACAACAACAAGGCUGCUGUAUUGCGUUAUGAUAAAAGUGUGCUCAAUAUUCGUCAGUUCAACUCGAGUCCACACCCAUACUGGUUGCCAAACUUUAUGAACGUCUUUAAUUGGAGUUUACCUUUUGUUGGCGAGAAAAUUACUUCCAUGCUGCUGGCUCUUUUGAACAUUUGCUCUCAAGAAGAACUGGCUGCUACUCCUGAACAGAAAGCCACGGAACCUCCUGUCGGUGUUGUUCCCGACAAUGCUGACAUGGCAUCAGAGCAAAGACGCCAAAUCAUUCGAAACAAAAUCAUGGCUAUUGGCAAGAUGUCUCGCACUUUCUCUGUCUUGCGUGAGAAUUCAGAGUUGGUUAUGGAGCUCAAAAACUUGUCUGGUGAUGGUAAGUUGCCUACAGGUACAUUGGGUCUUGGUUCAGAAGGCAUUCGAAAAGCUAUCACUACCUUUGAGGAAGCUCGUAGAUCUGAUAUUGAAAAUGAACGCUUGCCUCCCGCUUCUCGCGAGAGCAUCAAUGCCAUUCAUCAAGAGAAUACCAAUUCCAAGUUACGAGAUGCCAUUGGAGAACAAGAUGAGGUUCUAUCUCGCAUGGCUGAAGUCAUUGCUUCGGUUUCUGAUGGUAACAAUGGUCGCAAAGCCAAGUCUCAAGUUUAA